UCUCUCUCUCUCUCUCUCUCCUCUGGGCAAUCAAACUCGCUGUUUGACUCAGACCGAACCCUCGCUAUCGCUGAUUUGCUCCUCAGGCUAUUGGUUAUUUUUUCACGGAGAAGACUUUCAUCAAGUUGUUCGUACAAGGGUUAUUUCUCGGCAAGGAAUGAUUUUUGCAUGACCUUUUGAUGCUCAUGCAAUGUCGGGGUUACUUAAUUCUUCUCUAAACGGAUCAGGCUCAAAUCUUCCAGACAGUAGUGGGCGAUUUGCCACAUCUUUCUCUGGUCAGUCUGGUGCCGCUUCUCCUGUUUUUCAUCACACAGGAACUAUUCAGGGAUUCAAUAACAUUCAUGGAAGCUUCAAUGUUCCCAACAUGCAAGGUACAUUAACAUCAAGAAACUCAACGUUAAAUAAUGUUCCUUCUGGUGGAGUCCAACAACCAACUGGAAGCCUUUCUGGUGGACGGUUCACAUCAAAUAAUCUUCCUGUUGCUUUGUCUCAGUUAUCUCAUGGAAGCUCCCAUGGACAUUCGGGAGUCACUAAUAGAGGAGGUAUAAGUGUAGUAGGAAACCCUGGAUUUAGUAGUAGCACAAAUGGAAUUGGCGGUUCUAUUCCUGGGAUUCUCCCUACAUCUGCUGCAAUUGGUAACCGGAAUGCUGUUCCAGGAUUGGGUGUCUCCCCAAUUUUGGGAAAUGCAGGUCCUCGGAUUACGAGUUCUAUGGGAAACAUGGUUGGUGGGGGCAACAUUGGGAGGAGUAUCAGCUCUGGUGGAGGCUUGUCAGUGCCUGGUCUCGCUUCUCGUCUAAAUUUAAGUGCAAAUAGUGGAUCUGGAAGUUUAACCGUCCAAGGGCAGAAUCGCUUGAUGAGUAGUGUGCUACCACAAGGGUCUCCACAGGUAAUUUCGAUGCUAGGAAAUUCCUAUCCUAAUGCUGGAGGUCCACUUUCUCAAAGCCACGUACAAGUGAAUAAUUUGAGCUCUAUGGGAAUGUUGAAUGAUGUGAAUUCUAAUGACAGUUCUCCUUUUGACAUCAAUGAUUUCCCUCAAUUAACAAGUCGUCCUAGUUCUGCAGGAGGGCCUCAAGGGCAAUUGGGUUCACUGCGAAAACAAGGUCUUGGUGUUAGUCCUAUUGUUCAACAGAAUCAAGAGUUCAGCAUCCAAAAUGAAGAUUUUCCAGCUUUGCCGGGAUUUAAAGGUGGUAAUGCUGAAUAUGGGAUGGAUAUUCACCAGAAAGAGCAACUUCAUGACAAUACUGUGUCGAUGAUGCAAUCUCAGCACUUCUCAAUGGGAAGGUCCACUGGAUUUAACUUGGGGGGGACUUAUUCUUCUCAUCGUCCCCAACAGCAACAACAACAUGCUCCAUCAGUCAGCAGUAGUGGUGUCUCCUUUUCGCAAGUAAACAAUCAGGAUCUUCUCCAUUUGCAUGGUUCAGACAUAUUCCCAUCAUCACAUUCAACCUAUCACUCACAGACUAGUGGACCUCCUGGAAUUGGAUUAAGACCUCUAAAUUCUGCAAAUACAGUUUCUGGUAUGGGUUCGUAUGACCAGCUUAUCCAGCAGUAUCAACAACACCAAAAUCAAUCCCAGUUUCGCCUGCAGCAGAUGUCAGCUGUCAAUCAAUCUUUUAGAGAUCAGGGAAUGAAAUCAAUGCAGACAGCGCAAUCAGCUCCAGACCCAUUUGGUUUGCUUGGGUUGUUAAGUGUGAUAAGGAUGAGUGAUCCUGAUCUAACAUCCCUUGCACUUGGGAUUGAUUUGACUACGCUUGGGUUAAACUUGAAUUCAACAGAAAAUCUACACAAGACUUUUGGUUCUCCAUGGUCUGACGAGCCAGCUAAGGGUGAUCCAGAGUUUAGUGUUCCACAAUGUUAUUAUGCUAAACAACCGCCUGCACUACAUCAAGGGUAUUUUUCAAAGUUUUCCGUGGAAACGUUGUUUUAUAUCUUUUACAGCAUGCCCAAAGAUGAAGCGCAACUAUAUGCUGCCAAUGAACUCAAUAAUAGAGGCUGGUUUUAUCACAAGGAGCAUCGUCUAUGGUUCAUAAGGGUCCCCAACAUGGAGCCACUCGUCAAGACAAACACGUAUGAGAGAGGAUCUUAUCACUGCUUUGAUCCUAACACAUUUGAAACGAUCCGAAAGGAUAAUUUUGUCUUGCAGUACGAGGCGUUGGAGAAGAGACCAGUCUUACCGCAGCAUUGACAAUCAUUUUCUAUUUAGAAUGUAAAGUUUCAGUUUAUGGAUUUCAUUCAUUAGAACGUAAGUUUGUUGUAAGCAAUUGUCUUACAGAUCUUGUUGCAGUGUUCAGCCAAUCAGUCCCUUGCGCAUUUCUUUUUCACAAAAAUGUGGGGCAAUAGCAACCAAUUAAACUGUUAGAAUGAGAACUGUUGCCUAAAGUAGCUGCCACUGUAACUUUGAGCUGAAAGGGGCAACAUUGGAGGUAAAACUUGUUACUUAUCAAUCAGAUAGUUACUGUGAUUUUAAAAGGGCUCGGUGUGUUAGGAGCUUUUGACCUUAUUUCUGUAAAGUGCAACCACUGAUGGGAAGGGAUCGUGAGAAAUUUUGUGAGGCUGCUCUUAACAUUGCCCUUUUUGUCAACGGAUAUGAAUCUUCGGUUUAUCU